CUGAAUUCAGAAAUUUAAUUUAGAAACAGUCAGUAUGUCUGGAAGAGGAAAGACCGGUGCCGGCAAAGCCAGAGCGAAGGCAAAGACUCGCUCCUCCCGUGCUGGACUCCAGUUCCCCGUCGGUCGUGUCCACAGGCUCCUGAGAAAAGGCAACUAUGCCCAGCGUGUCGGUGCCGGAGCCCCCGUGUACCUGGCGGCCGUGCUCGAGUACCUGACCGCUGAGAUCCUGGAGCUGGCCGGAAACGCCGCCCGCGACAACAAGAAGACCAGGAUCAUCCCCCGUCACCUGCAGCUGGCCGUCCGCAACGACGAGGAGCUCAACAAGCUGCUCGGCGGAGUCACCAUCGCUCAGGGCGGCGUGCUGCCCAACAUCCAGGCGGUCCUGCUGCCCAAGAAGACCGAGAAGCCCGCCAAGAAGUAAACAACCACAAACACAACGGCUCUUUUAAGAGCCACCCACUUACUCUCAGAGCAAACUCCUGCAACACCACUUGCUAGAGACACCAAGUUUACAAGGUCAACUUACUGAAGUACUUCAUCUGUGCUCAUACUCACAACAAUACAAACUCCUUUAUUGCACAACUACAUGAUUUUAUUGGCGGUUGUUCUAAAAUGAUUGUGGGCCACAGAUACUUCAUCUGCCUCCUUAUCAGGUUUUCACAUAUCAGUUUGACUUAAUGUUACACAAACGGCACUUUACAGGAACAUCAAAAUAAAUGCAAAGCUAGAAACAGAAAGCAAAAC